AUGUGUUGGUGAGAGAGAGAGAGGAGAAGGAGGAGAGAGUAAAUGAGAUUCUGAGAAGGGAUCGACCAAUCAGAGCCGUUCAUUUUGAGAGUAUUACUUGGCCGCAACUCCCAAUCGACGCGUUUGGCGUUUGUGAUCGCGGGUAUAUGGCGUCUGCAGUGGUAACGGUUGCCGCUCUGUUAUUCGGCCUCAUCCCCAUUUCCUCCUCCCUUCCUUUCAUACUUCUUCAUGGUAUCGGGUCUCAAUGCUCAAAUGGUGGAGUGGGUAACUUCACACAACUCCUCAGCAAUCUCUCCGGCUCUCCUGGAUUUUGCUUAGAAAUCGGAGAUGGAGAAGACGAUUCUUGGUUCAUGCCCCUGCCUAAACAGGCAAGCGUUGCGUGUGAGAAGGUUAAGCUGCUGAAAGAACUGAGCCAGGGUUACAACAUCGUCGCCCAGUCCCAGGGAAACAUGGUAGCUCGAGGCCUUAUCGAGUUCUGCGACAGCGGUCCACCCGUGAGGAACUAUGUGUCAUUAGCAGGGCCUCAUGCUGGCAUCGCUUCAGUCCCUCUCUGUGGGUCUGGUGAAAUCUGCCGACUUGCAGAUGAACUGAUCAAGCUCGAGAUCUACAGCGACUACAUUCAAGAUCGUUUGGCUCCGAGUGGUUACAUCAAAAUACCAACUGAUAUAACAAGCUACCUGCAACACUCAAAGUAUCUGCCCAAACUCAACAACGAGAAAGCCGACGACAGGAACUCCACCUUCAAGGACCGUUUCACCAGCCUCCACAACUUGGUCCUCGUCAUGUUUGAGGAUGACAAAGUGUUGGUGCCGAAAGAAACAUCAUGGUUCGGGUUUUACCCAGAUGGAGAUUUCCACCGUCUUCUUUCUCCUCAGCAGACAAAGCUGUACGAGGAGGACUGGAUAGGGCUGAAAACAUUAGACGACGCGGGAAGAGUGAAGUUCGUGAGCGUGGCGGGAGAGCACAUCAGAAUGGCGCAUGACGACGUCCUUAAAUACGUCGUCCCUUACCUUCGCUAAUAAACCCCAACCCUCUCGGUCUUGACUCCUAAUCUGUUCUCUCCCAGAGGGUUUCAGCAGUAGCGAAAUUUAUUUUUUAAUAAAUUAAAAAAAAUUAGAGAAAACGUCCAUCUGCCAGUCACCAUGGGCUUCGUUGCAUGGCCCAUCAAAGGCCCCAAAUUAUAAUACUAUGAUUUUACUAGA